CUGUGGUUCAUUACUGCCUGGCAUUGGCAUUGGCUACAAGUAGCUAUAUACUUGGGGGAGUUAGUAUAACUAACGAUCACCAGGAAGAUGGAACAAGAAACUACACAAAGUAAAAUCAUGGAAAAGACUGAGGUGGAAGAACCUGCCGCUGCUGUUACAGAAGAACCUGCCGCUGCUGUUACAGAAGAACCUGUGGCUGCUGUUACAGAAGAACCUGCGGCUGCUGUUACAGAAGAACCUGCUACUGAUGCAGAAGAACCUAUUCCGGGAGAAAACAAAUGGGAUGAAAAGAGGGAGACCAUAAUUAAGAAAGUGAAAGAAGUGGUCGAGAAGAGCACAAACAAGGCCAAGAAUCCGACUGUGAUUGUCAUUUGCUACAGAGGCAAGAAGAAGCGUAACCCGAACCAAUCAGACAAAAAGGAAGAGACUCCAGACAAUUCUUGCAGUCCAAAUAACCAAUGAAUGACUGUAAUCACAUACCUCAGCAGCCCUGCACGAUCUCCAGCAGGCUGCAGAGAUCUACAAGACUGGUCUGAUCAAUAAAGAAGGAAUAAGAUAUAGCAG